UGAGAGCUGCCGUUCAAGCCCAAAGUGGAAGAAGAAAAUGUGAACGAAGAAAAAGAUUUUUUUUUUCCGGUGCGUAGUUUCCACAUCCAUGGUUGAUUCACACAACGUUAGCAGCCUCUAGCCGAACCUUUCUUUGUGAAUACCCAACGUAACUCCAAUCACGUGUAGCAGACAUUGGGAGAGUGUCUGGAUAGACCUGUGUGGACGCGCUUUGGUUCGCUGCUUUUUGGAUGUUUUCUCUCCGAUACGUCCCCCGGCAGUCUGCUAAGAUGUGGAGGUUAUCUUAGCUUGCUGACAUGGGGGGGUUGCCAUCACAAAACGAGUAGCAAGAGAAUAUGGGGUGACGUGCUGACAUAGUACAUAACGAUAAAUUGCCCUAAACACUCAGGAAAAGAAACUUGAAGUUUCUGUCAUAGCACGAAAAUGUCAAAAGUCCAAAUCCUGAGAAAACUGGUGAGUCAGAGACAAACUGCGGCAGCUGAAGAGAUAAUUAAGCUUUUUGAAAGAUCCAUUGCAGAGUACAGAGACGUCUGUUACCCAAGAGAGGAGGACAACCGUCAGCGCAACGGCACCGGUCUCCCUCUCAGAGCAGAAGUCCAGCAGGUGAUUGUCGGUGAACAGGUUCCAUCCGGGCAGCAGGAGUGGAGCCCCAGUGUGGACCCAGAGCCCCCACACAUUAAAAGAGGAACAGGAGGAACUCUGGAGCACUCAGGAGGGACAACAGCUUCAAGGACCUCUUGCCUGUGACGAGUGAGGAUGAUGAAGAGAAAGCUCAGUCCUCUCAGCUUUGUCAGAGACAAACUGAUGAACACAUAAAAACAGAAGUUGCAGAAGCUCAGUGCGAAGAAUCACAACCAGCCAGGAAGCUAAGAAUGUUGGUGAAGCAGCGGCUGACUUCAGCUGGUGACGAGAUAUUUGGGCUGUUUGAAACAACGUUAGCGGAGUAUGAGAAAGAGAUUGAAGGCCUACAUAAGCUACUGGAAGAGACUGUGAAGUCUGAGGUCCAGGGUAACACAGCAGAUGUUGUACAGCUGCUGGUGUGUAAAGAAGAGGUUCCCUCUGAGAAGCAUGACUGGAGGACCGGUCUAGACGAGGAGGACCGAGAGCUCCCACACAUUAAAGAGGAUAAGGAAGAACUUUGGAGUAGUCAGGGGGGAAAGCAGCUUCAAGGACUGGGGGAGGAUGAUACCAAGAAGUUUCCAUUCACUGCUGUCCUUGUGAAAUGUGAAGGUGAAGUAGAGAAAACUCAGUCCUCACAGCUUAAUCAAAGUAAAACUGAUGAACGGAUGGAAACAGGAGCUGAUGAAGAGGGCUGUGGAGAAUCAGAACCAGCCAGGAACUUUGGUCCGGCCAGUGAUUUACAGCAAGAAUGUGAUGAAAAGACAUAUUCUUCUGAUCAUGACACUGAAAACAGUGAUGAUUAUUCACAAGAGAUAAGUCAACCUCAGUCAGGUUUAGCAACUCUCAACUACAAUAAGGACUCUCUAAGUCAUAAAGGUUGUAAUCCCAUGGUGAAACUCCGUGGUGGUAAAACAAUGAAUAAGAUGCAAAACAUGACAGUAGACAAAGGAGGGAAACCAUUUAGUUGCUUGCUUUGUGGAAAAGGUUUUGGUGAAAAAUCUGAUUUGAAGAGACACGUGCGAUUUCACACAGGGGAGAAACCAUUCAGUUGUGUUUUCUGUGAAAAAAACUUUACUGAAAAGGCAGAUUUGAAGAGACACAUGAGAGUUCACACAGGGGAGAAACCAUUCAGUUGUCCCAUGUGUGGAAAAGGUUUUAGUGAAAAAACAGAUCUUACAAGGCACAUCCGAGUCCACACUGGUGAGAAACCCUUUAAUUGCUCGAUUUGUGGUAGAAUAUUCAGCCAGAAUGAAAACCUGCGCAGACAUGAAAGAAUACAUACAGGGGAAAAGCCCUUUAGCUGUCUGGUUUGUACAAAGAAAUUUACCCACAGAGGAGCGCUGGUUGUACACAUGAGAAUUCAUACAGGAGAGAAACCAUUUGGCUGCUCAGUCUGUGGAAAAAGAUACAUUGAAACAGGAAAUUUGAAGAAGCACAUGAGAGUCCACACAGGAGAGAAACCUUUCAGUUGCAGUGUUUGCGGAAGAAGAUUUAAUUAUCAGUCUCAAGUCAAAACCCAUAAGUGCUCUUGUGAGAGCAACGUAACCAUAGUCCAUCCUUCAUAAUGAGAUCCAAAUGUUUCCAGUCUGUUUUGUAGUUAGGGACGCAGCCAGGUCUGAAUACUGCUCACAAACAGUUUGUGUUAAUGUAGAUUAUAUCAAAUUGUCAAAUAGUGGCCAGGGGCUUAAUUAGCUCAACUGCAGAACCGGGAGAGAACUUGGUCUUUAUAUGAAUGGGGCUUUUAUCAUAGAAUGCCUUUAUUACUAAUUUCCUUGUUUUGAAAGUAAAGAGCCCUCUUCCGUGUUGUCUUGAUAAAAUCAGCACACAGUAAUGUACAUUUCCACAGUUGUUGUACAUGUGUAGACCUUCAGGAAGAUUUAGCAGACUCAGGAGUGGUGGUGUACUGUCUUUACUGUGCAGCGACACCUGAACAAAUAUGAACUUCAUGCAAGAGUCAUCAGAAGAAAAUUCAGUGUAAGAAGUUUGCAAUGGAACAUCUAAACAAGCCUGAUGCAUUUUGGAAACAAGUCCUGUGUACUGAUGAAGGUAAAAUAGAAUUUUUUGGCCACAAUGAGCAAAGGUAUGUUUGGAAAAAAAAAAAAAAGAAGCAGAAUUUCAUGAAAAGAACACCUCCCCAACUGUUAAGAACAAGGGUGGAUCAAUCUUUGGGCUUGUGUUGCAGCCAGUGGCACAGGGAACAAUCACUGGUUAAGAGAAUAAUGGAUUCAGUUAAACACCAGCAAACACGAGAGUGAGCUUGAGAGCAAACAUCACAUCGUGAUGAAAAGAGGAUGGCUUCUACAACAGGAUAAUGAUCCUAAACACACCUCAAAACCCACAAUGGACUACCUUAAGAGGCACAAGCUGAAGGUUUUGCAAU